CUUAUAUAAUUUCACUUUUUUUUUAAUGGAUUGGUGAUUAAAUGUAUUGCAUUAAGUUUGUGCAAAUCCACCAUGGUUUUGAGGGUAUUGUCACUAUGUCUAUUACUCCCACUGUUAUUCAUACAAGAAAAUAGGUUAGAUUUUGUAAAUGGGGUGGGUUCCAAUACUUCAAUUAGGCCUAAAAAUGUGAAUAUUGGUGCACUUUUUUCCCUUAAUUCCACAAUUGGUAAGGUUGCUAAAGUUGCAAUACAAGCUGCAAUAGAUAAUGUUAAUUCUUCCUUAGAUGUUCUUCAUGGAACCUAUCUCAACAUCACAAUGCACGAUAACUGUGAAAACGCAUUCCUUGGAAUCUUUCAGACAAUGGAGUUCAUACAAAACGACAUAGUUGCAAUACUAGGUCCACAAUCAUCUAGCCUAGUUCGUAUUAUGUCUCCCAUUACAGAGGCACUUAAGGUACCUUUACUCUCUUUCGCCACAGACCCAAAUCUUUCUUCUAUGGGGUAUCCUUUUGUUGUCCAGACAACCCCGAGUGAUGUGUACCAAAUGGAUGCUAUCGCAGACCUCAUCAAUUACUUUGGAUGGCGGGAAAUAACUGCCAUUUAUACCGAUGACAAUUAUGGAAGGAAUGGGAUCACGUCUUUAAGUGGUAGGUUAGCAGGGCAUAUGUGCAAGAUAACCUAUAGAGCGCCCAUGAGCAUGGAUGUAGACACACAUAAUAUUGAGACAUUGUUGAUGGAGGCUAUGUUGCAAGAAUCUAGAGUUUUUGUUCUUCAUACUCAUCAUGAUCAAGGACUCAAAGUACUUGAAGUAGCGCGUGCUCUUCUGAUGUUGGAAAAUGGAUUUGUUUGGAUUGCUACAAGUUGGCUCAUUGAUGUCGUUGAGACACAUUCUCCUCUUCCUUCCAAUAUACAAUGUAAUAUUCAAGGCUUAUUAACCUUACGUGUGCACACACCCAAUUCAAACCACAACAUAAACUUCGCAUCUAAAUGGAGUAGCUUACUCAGAAAAGAUCAUGAGAAUAACUCGUUUGGAUUAAACACAUAUGGUCUUUACGCAUAUGAUUCUGUUUGGAUUCUUGCCCGUGCAUUGGAAGCAUACUUUUCUCAAGGUGGGAGCUUAUCAUUCUCAAAGAUUUCAACCAUGAAUCAUCUGAUGGACAGCGGAAAAUUGCACCUUGAUCCCAUUAGGGUUUUUGAUGGAGGAGAAGAACUACUCUCCAAAUUAUAUCAAGUCAAUAUGACAGGGUUGACAGGCCAUAUUCAGUUUGAUCAAGAUAGAAAGUUUAUCAAACCUGUGUUCGAAAUCAUCAAUAUAGUUGGAGGUCUUAAUAGGAUAGGGUAUUGGUCAGACAUUUCAGGUCUAACACAUAAGCUACCAGAAGCUAUACACUCCAAACCAGCUAAUCAAUUAAGUCAUCGGCUGUUAAAUGUAAUUUGGCCUGGCCACACCAUGGAUAAACCUCGCGGAUGGGUUUAUCAAAGCCAUGGGAAGGUUCUUAAGAUUGGAGUUCCACGUCGACUUAGUUACCAUGAGUUCGUGUCAUAUUCAAAUGAGACGCACUCAUUCUCUGGAUAUAGCAUUGAUGUGUUUGUAGCUGCUUUAAAAUUGCUACCUUAUAGUGUUGCUUAUGACUUUAUACCAUUUGGGGAUGGAUUGCAUAACCCCAAAAUGGAUUUGUUGAUUGAGCAACUAUCUCAAGGAGUAUAUGAUGCUGUGGUUGGUGAUAUUAUAAUUACCUCCAAAAGAGCAGAAAAAGUAUGUUUUACACAACCGAUUAUCGAGUCAGGUCUGGUUGUCGUUGCUCCCGUAAAGCACAGAGACCCCAAUGCCUGGUUUUUCUUGUCGCCGAUGAGUUUAAGUUUAUGGUGUGUUACCAUUAUAUCUACCAUCAUUGUGGUAGCUGUCAUAUGGACUUUGGAGCAUCGAUUUAAUGAUGAUUUUCGUGGCCCUCCCCGACAUCAAGUUAAAACAUGUUUAUGGUGCGGGUCAUAUGAGAAAACUAUAUGGGUCGAAGAUCAGAACCUAUAUCGCAUCUUUCAGAAAAAAGUUAACAAGAUCCCAAAUUCUAAAGUUUGUUGUAAUUUUUCUUUUGAUUAUGCAGGGGAGACUACUAAAACUGCAUUGGAUCGAUUUGUGCUAUUCAUUUGGUUUACAGUAAUCCUACUUAUCAAAUCGACUUACAAUGCAAGUUUGAGCUCAAUAUGUACAUUAAGAGGACUUGAUUCCCCAAUCAAAGGAAUUGAGAGCUUAAUGGGAAGCAAACAUUCCAUAGUAGGAUAUCAACAAGGUUCAUUUUCUGCGGAUUAUUUGCGUAAGGAGCUUAAUUUCUCUAACUCUCAGCUUGUUCCUCUAAAAAACGAGGAUGAGUAUGCCAAAGCUCUUCAAAAAGGCCCCAAAAAUGGAGGAGUUGCUGCCAUAGUUGACGACAAGUCGCGCAUAAAGCACUUCCUCUCUAAGAGAUGUGAUUUCACUAUCAGAGGUCGGAAAUUCAACAGAUUCGGGAAGGGAUUCGCGUUUCCGCAAGGCUCAGAACUGGCCGUAGACAUGUCGAAAGCCAUACUGAAACUGACAGAAACAGGGGAGUUAGAAAGGAUUAAAGAUAAAUGGCUGACUGAUACGAUUUGCAGAUCAGAGGAUACCAAACUUACGGAUGACAGCCUAGAUCUUCAUGAAUUCUUUGGUCUUUUCUUCCUCUGUGGUCUAGCUUGCGUUUUCGCUCUUAUCAUAAAUUUUGUAAAAUGGAUGAUUAAAUUCAAGCGCCAUCAGAUUCUCACCAAAGAAGAAUCGAAUUUUCAAACCCAACAAGAUAGUUGGUUCAAGAGAUUACUAACUUUUGUUUACUGA